AAGGAAGCCGGAAUGAAGGGCAUGGAAGUGACUGGGGGUGACGGAAAGUUUAGAAAGGUGCAUCCAGUUUUGGCUUGCUACGUCAUGGACUAUCUGGAGCAAUGUUUGGUGACUUGCACCAAGUAUGGCACGUGUCCUAAAUGUCAUCGAUCCACAAAUGAUCUGAACCUCAAGACUCCUGGAGAGAGACACACACAAACCUGGACCCUUGGUGUUAUCAAAGAAGCAAAGGCCUCAUCACCUUCCCUACACCAGUUUGAUUCCAAGUGUCAAGCCUCUGAUGUGUCAGGAACUGUGCAGCACCCUUUCUGGGAGGGAUGCCCAUACACCAAUAUCCACCUAGCCAUUGUGCCAGACGUCCUUCACCAGCUGUAUCAAGGUGUAUUCAAACAUUUGAUUUCCUGGUGUGAUCAAAUA